AUGGGGAAAUUUGUGAUUCGAUUUCAGAAAUUAACUGGUUGCUCAGUAUUGAAUAUUCCUGAAAGAAUUUGGAAAAUAUUCAUUCGCUUCAUUUAUGUUCAUCUAAUUUUUGCAACUCUCUUAUUAGUAUUUGGGACCGCUUGCUUCUGCAUUGGUGUUGAAUAUAGUCGAAUGUAUGAUGAGGUUAAUUGUUCCACAGGUAUCAAUAUCUGGAUACCUUUUCUCAAUUUGGUGGUUUCAUUUACGGGUUUAUUAAUGAUACGCUUACCUCAUAUGCACUGGGCAAGCUUUAUACAUUUCUUUGGCUUAUGUUUCAUUUUAAUAAUUAUGUUAAUACCCUUGGCAAACAAUAUAUUAAUAUCGAUACGAUGGCUUCGAAAAGCUGAAAAAGCUCCCGACGAAUGGGCCUUAAAUUUUUUUGUUAUCGAUUUAGUUCUAACGAGUGUAGUAUUAACUAAUGGUUUGUUUUUUGUUUUCCUUUUUUUAAUCAAAAAUUCCAAGAAGAAAAUUUAA